AUGCAAAACUCAGCUCACUUACAACAGUUCCAAAAUCUCGUCAGAAGUAAUGAGCCACCGUCAGAUAAUGUGCUCAUACAACUGCAGAGUAUACUUGCCGGGCCAGAAAAACAACUAGUCGAGAUAGACGCCCAAAUUGAUCGCCUGCAAGAUACUAUCUAUGAGCUCCAAAAAACCCGUGCGAAUAUCGAAAAACCUAUCAGUGAAUAUAGAUGCAUAGUUUCCCUCAUUCGACGGAUUCCAUCCGACAUUCUCUCUAAGAUAUUCAGACAUUGCCUACCUACCCAUCGAAACCCAACCAUUUCUGCAUCCGAGGCACCAAUGCUUCUCACACGAGUUUGUAGUCGGUGGAGGAACGUUACGCUGUCCUCGCCCCGCCUAUGGUCGCAUUUACAUAUCACGUUCCAUCACGAAGUUCCCAUUAAGACCGUCUACGAUCGGACACCUCUAGAAACUGUAUCAGCGCUUCUACGAAAGAGGUGCGAUGCGAUCAAGGAAUGGAUGGUGCGAUCGGGUGAUUGCCCUUUACAUCUCUCAAUCUACUACAACGGAAUGAGCAUCACAUUUGAUAAUCCCCCUCUAUCCCAAUCAGCCCUGCUUCUCCUCAAAAUCAUUCUAUCUUUCUCAAGUCGAUGGAAAACACUGGAGCUGAAUGUCCCUAUCCAAGUAUUCGUUGAACUAGACGCCAUGGUGUCAACGAUGACUAUCCCUAACCUCACACAAGUGAGGAUAAUUAUCCAAGACUGGUACCAAAACGACAUUUUUCUUAGGCAGCCUUGUCCGACACUGGAGAUUUUGAAAAUAUCUUCCCUCAAACAUAUCUCCCUUUGCAACUAUCAUAUGGAUGAAAUACAUCUCUUUCAGCUGAUGCGUCUGACAUCGCGCAAUGUUACCCAUUUCUCGUUCCACUCUUUGGUCGAUUUGGCUGAUAUAUUCAGAAUUCUGGAGUCCUGUCCGCAGCUCGUUCACGCUAUGUUUUCCAUAAUAACAAUUUCAGACUACAACACUGUUAGUCAACGCAUCAUCCAGUUGCCCUUUCUCGAGUCGCUUUGGAUCGUGGAUAAUUCACUAGACACGUUGGUUUCUGAUGCACUCUAUAAACACAUUGCAGCACCUGCUCUACGAUGGAUUCAACACAAAGGACCCACGGACAUCGAAUUUCUUUUUUCCAAUAACAGAUUCUCUAGACAGAAUAGACCGCAUUCUAUCUCUUCUCUUGUCGAAACCUCUUUGGGAAUUAGGGUACUCGAACUUGAUCGAUUUGUCAUGGCUCCAGACACGCUACGCACCCUCCUAGAGGUCCCUUCGACAACAUUUUUUUUAAACACUCUGUGCCUGAUCUCACCCAAUCCGACUGAAAUCAAAGUUUCUGCCUUGGGAGAAAUAAUAGACCCAUUUGAUCUUAACGAUCUGAUAGUUCAAGAAGCUUCAGAUGGUAGGGGAAAAUACGUCCUCCUUCCUCGCCUAGAAAUCUUCGAAUUGAAUGCAACAUUGGCCUCUGACGAUACCGUCUUCAAAUUUGUCAGCGGUCGAAUGGAUGUGAGGUCACCUAUCUAUACGCUCAAGAAAGUGGUGAUUUUGUUCAACCGAAGGAUGCCCAAAGACGGUCGCGAUAUCCGGCAAGAGAUCCUUGACCGCGCAAACGCGGCAGGAAUUCAACUCGAUUUAACCAUUCAAUAUCUUGAUUCCGACAAAUCGAGUAGUAACUUAGUGGAUCCACUUUCACCAUCGCUCAUCCGGACUGACAGUUCUGGGGAAGACGUAUAUAGUGAUGGAGUUUCCUGGCCGUUCGAUGAAAGAGGUCAAGAAGACUACUUAUCCGACGAUGAUGGGUAA